GGGAUGAAUUGUAAAUUAAUUAUACGCGAUUUAAUCCGUUUCCAUAGUUUUAUUUCAUGAGUAACUAUCGCGGUAACCAAAGACAAUAUUAUUCAUAGGUCUUAUCCACCAGUUAUCGCAUGCAGUUCUUUCAUGCCUCCUUCCAUCUUGCAACAGUGACGGUUGUGUUACCUUCGCUACCGAGCGUUAGCAAUUGGCAUGUUGGUUACGAAAACCUAACCGACUAAGGGCCAGUUGCAUCAACCACAGGUUACAUGACACCGACGUCACACAGCAGAACUAUGAAAACUCCCAUACAAAAUAUUUAGCGAACGCUAUAGUCGGUGACAAACUGUUUGGUGCAACCCUAAGAGUAAUCGUGAAUGAAAAGUUUUACGGUCUUGGUAGUCAGUUUGCUUUGUUAGUCUUAUUGAAUGGAACAUCGCUGAAGUGCUGUGUUAUUUGUGAUUGUGUAAAAGAUGUUCAAAUACAUAUCAUGGUUGGUAGCCGCUGUAGCAAUAGGUUAUGGGGUGCGCCUAACUUAUAGUGUCUACAAGGUCCCUGAUAUGCCCAAACUGGACCUGGAUCGAUGGUGGGGUCAAACACCUAGGCCUAAGGAAGAGGACACCUCCGUGAGACCAUUUAAAGUUGAAUUUAAUGAUACGGUGAUUGUUGAUUUAAAAAAGAGAAUUAAAAACAGGCGACCUCUAACUCCGCCCCUAGACGGCAUUCAGUCAGAGUAUGGAAUAAACACCGUUUACUUAGAGAAUCUGCUAACUUACUGGUCAGAAAAAUAUGAUUUUAAAAAGCGAGCAGAACUGCUGAACCGAUUUCCACAUUAUAAAACCAAGAUACAAGGGUUAGAUAUCCAAUUUAUACGAGUGAAGCCGUCAGUAAAGAAUCUCAAGGUAUUGCCUUUGCUCGUGCUGCAUGGAUGGCCCAGUUCGUCUAAGGAGUUUGACAAAAUGAUCCCGAUGUUGACUACUCCGAAAGAUGGAUACGAUUUUGCGUUCGAAGUUAUUGCUGCUGAUUUACCUGGCUUUGGAUUUUCUGAGGGUACGAGUAAGCCUGGUCUGAAUCCAGUACAGAUAGGCAUAAUAAUGAGGAACCUGGUGAAACGGCUUGGUUUUAAUAAAUUCUACGUUCACGCUGGCGAUUGGGGAUCGCAGGCCGCCACGCACAUGGUCACUAUAUUUCCUGAUGAAGUAAUGGGAUUUCAUACAAAUAUGCCAUUAUCAGCAAGCCUUAAAAGUGUUCUCAAGAUCCUGUUAGGGUCGCUGGCUCCCAGCUUAACUGGCGAACAUUAUCAACGUUUAUAUCCUCUGUCUCAGCUACAAUACAUUGUUAGAGAAUCUGGCUACUUCCAUAUUAUGGCGACUAAACCUGAUACACUUGGUGUCAGCUUAACAGAUUCGCCAACCGGAUUAGCAGCAUACAUUACUGAGAAAAUGGCCGUCGGAACUAACAGGGAACAACUUGACACGCCUCAUGGAGGGUUAGAAAGCCUGGAACUGGAUGAUGUGUUAGAUACUAUAACUAUACAGUGGGUAAAUAACUGCGCUGUCACGUCUAUGAGAGUGUACGCUGAGGAUUAUUUUGCUAGUUCACCAGAGGUUCAUAGAUUGCACAAGAUACCUACAAAGGUCCCGACAGCAGCUAUCAAGUUGAAGCACGAAGUAAUGUGGCAACCCGACUGGGUCCUCCGGGACAAAUUCCCGAAUCUAGUGCAGUCUACGUCCUUAGACCUCGGAGGGCAUUAUGCGGCCCUAGAAAUACCUAAAGUAUUGGCUGAUGACAUUUUUGCGGCUGCGACUAAGUUCCAGAAAUUCCACCAGGGGAAUGUGUAAAAGAAGGAUCGGACUGUUCAAUUAAUUGUAGUUUGUAGCGUUAGGUCUGCUAAGCUUAAUACCAUUGAUAAUCUUAAUUAGGAUAAACCUAUAGUUUAGUUGAUGAAAAAGAGGCAACUGAGGCUUUUUAUUAAGAGGAUUAUAGGUAUUUUAAAAUAAAUAAACGAACUCAACGAGGAAGCUGGUGUCCCGAAUACCUUUAACAACUAUCCUCACCUUUCUACUAUGAAUCGUGAAAGUAACUUAAUGCGUGCCCUAAAUCACGGUUAAAACCGUGACAAGUAUUUCUGUUUGCUGGCUAUGCACGAAUGGAACAUAGUCAAAGUGAGCCUGACGCUUUUGAGCUAGUAUUAUCAUACCGAAUCAAAAGUGUCAGUCAGCGCUCUAACGAGAGUCUGUUAUUUUAGGCAAAAUCUCCAUGCGCAGGCGUCAAUUAGCAGGACGCAUGUGUCGCUUAACUUCAAACCUGGGUAAAUCCAUUCUGCUUUAAGGUUGAAUAUAUAAAAAAUACAAUAUGAUCUGAAAGAUAAUCAACCUUAUAGCAGAAUGAAUUAACCCAGUUUUGAAGUUAAGCGACACGCAUACUCGUACUAUCCUGCAAUAAACCGCUCGUUAGGUAUUUUAACGCCCAAGUGGGGAGGCCUUAAAUAUGUCCGUGUCUGAAAAUUGAUUUUGUCCCAAUGUGGGACAAUUUUCUGGCCGCCAUAACUGAUAAA